AUGUCAGCCUCCCUGUUGCGGCGGGGCCUGGAGCUGCUGGAGGCGCCGGGCCGGGGAAAGGCCCCGCCGGGACUCCAGCGAGGGCGGGACGGCCCCAGGGCGGCGGGCGCUGCGCGGCGGAGGAAGAGAGCGCCGGAGCCCGGCAGGAAUAAGGCCACGGUCAAGGGCAGAGUCGUGAAGUCGGCGAUAGAGGAGUAUCAUAAGAAGAAGGCCGUGAAUCACUUGAGAGCAAACCUGCAGUACAUGUUGAAAGGACGAUUUGUUGCAAACAAAGCCAUCACAGAACAGGUUCUUGCUCAGAACAGAGGCAGGAAGUCCAAAGAUCAGCCUCCAAAGAAGGCAGCAAAGAAGCAGCCCGAGGGCACUGUCUUUACUGAGGAAGACUUCCGUAAAUUUGAGAGAGAAUACUUUGGGAGACCAUAAACAACGUGACAGGGAUUCUUGCAGCUCCAGUCUUUCUGCAGCUGAGUGCUCGGCACGCAGGACUGGCCAUUUCCUCAGCGUGUUUGAGAUGGGACAUUGGAGAUGUGCCUCUGUCAGCAAGUGCUUUAAUGUCACACUUUGCAGAGCAGCUCUGCAUCUGUGCAGAACUUGUUACUGGUCAGCUAGAGCCACGGAGGUUCUCUUGGUGCUGAGAUGCGUUGUCCUUAUAAUUAUCUCCCUUCAGCCAACGUCUUGCAUUCUUAAUGUAGAAGGGUGGACCAAGCCGAAUAUAAAUCUUGUUCCCCUUCCUCAGGAUGUAAAGCUUCUGCUACCUGUGUUAUUUGGCAGGGAGCAUUUAAAGUACUGUAUCUGAAUGAAGAAAUGUUUUGGACCAGCAGUAGUAAAUCAUUGGAAGGGAAGGAUGCUUUGAAAGAGUGUUAAACCUGAGUAGUCCUGCAGUUUCUGUUCUUAUUACAGCCUCUGGCAGGUUUUUCAGUCAUUGCAAAAACUUUUUAUAUGUCGUUUGAUUAAAUAAUUGUUGCAGACACUGCC